GGAGUAGUAAAUUAACGUUACAUGAGUAUUAUUUUGUCUGUUGGGACAGUCAUAGGAAAUUGCCCUUCCAAAUCUAAACAGAAAUAGACUAUCAAUUGAGUACCUUCCCAUGCAACUUCCACGAAACUUGUCUCAUGAUAUAACUAUUUUUAUCCUCAUUCUGUUCCUUCCUUCGUCUGUUUAUCCUUCCCACUCUUUCCUCCAAAAUUUCCUCUAAUCUUUUCUCUUCUUAUAUAUAUAUAUCCAAUGUUGAGUCAUCUAUUCUUCAUCAACACAUCUUCUAUACCAACAAAACAUCGAUCUCCAUUUUCGAAAAUCCAUCGUGUACGUUAAUUAAUUAAUGGCUGCAUUGGGACGUGACGUGGUGUUUGAGGAUUUCUUCCCGUCUAUGGUGGAGAAACUCGGGUCGGAAGGAUUCCUGAAGGAGCUAAAGAAUGGGUUCCGGGCGCUGAUGGAUGAGGAGAGGGAAGUCAUCACGUUCGAGAGCUUGAAGAGGAAUUCGGCGUUGUUAGGGUUGGAAGGAAUGAGCAAUGAUGAACUAAUGUGCAUGUUGAGGGAAGGGGAUUUGGACGGAGAUGGUUGCUUGAAUGAGAAAGAAUUUUGUGUGCUAAUGGUAAGGUUGAGCCCUGAUUUGAUGGACAAAUCGAGAAGGUGGUUGGCUCAAAGUGUUGAAGACAAUAUGUUUUAGGCUCAUAUUAGCCUCUGCUUUAUUACGGGCAGUCAUUUUGGAGUAGGAUUAUUAAGCUAUGCUAGCUAGGCUCUAUUAAUAUCAUUUCUACCAUGUUAUUUUCCCCCCCUAUGUAUGUGUCUUCUAGUUUAUUAGUGAAGUUCAUUGCUAUGGUACCUUGGUUUUUUGCCAUCAUCGAUGUGGUUUCUUCAGAAUUCAAUGUAAUUUUGAUUGUUAGCUCUACCAUCAACUAUUUACAUGUUCUUUCCUACUCUCUCUCCACAUAAAAUGUGAACUUUUAUAUUAAAUGAAUCA